UAGGUUCAUAAUUGGUUUUUAGUUUUUCUGUAUUGUGACGAAAGUUUUAUUCUUACGUGCGUUUUUAUGUCGAUAGUUAUGGUAUUUUAAUGAUGUAUAUGAACUGGAUAAUUUUAAAUUUUGUAUAUACCUCAAGAUGAUACCAUAUAACGAAGAGCUUCGGAGUAAGAAGAAAUCACUCUACCGUGAUGAGAUAACAAGAAGAUGGAUUCGAAACAUUGUGAACAUAGAAACAACGAACUCGAUAUUCUCAUUCAUCCGCUUGUCGCUUAUCUUUUGGCCGCCCUAUCAGGUGUUAUGUUCACAAUAAGUAACUUUUUAGUUCAAGUUACUAUUGAUCAAAAUCCUUCAACGAAAAUACCAACAUUAGAAAUUGUUUUUGCUCGAGUAGCGGUGCAAUUAGUUGUGAUUGCUCCUGUAAUGGUCAUACGUAGAACAAGUGUGUUGGUUGAGAAAAAAGAUCUCUGUUCCUUAAUAUGCAUGGGCUUGGCAGGUUAUUUUAACAUUGUAUUUACUUACCUUUCAUUGGAUAAGAUUCCAAUAUCAGAUACUUUAGUAAUAACAUUCACCAGUCCAUUUUUUUGUGCAAUCUUUUCGCAAGUCAUAUUAAAAGAACGAUGCCGCUGGUUUGAUAUAGCUUGUGGUUGCGUGAGCUUUAUCGGUGUUCUCAUUGUGGCAAGGCCGAAUUUUCUUUUUGGAAGUAAUCUAUCACCAAAAACGGUUUUAUUUCAAAGUAGAAAAUUACCAAGGAGCAAAUAUGAAUUUGUUUAUCUUUUGGGAGUUUUCUACGCACUUCUUGGUGGGACGUGUUUGGCAUUGUAUUUUGUUUUAACAAGAAAGUUCGCUAAUAAAAAUUCACAAUUUCUUACGAUAUUUUUUCCAAGUUUGUUUGGGACUUUACUAUCACCUUUUAUUAUGGUGAUACAACAGCACAAAUUUGUAUUCCCUUCUUCAAUGGUGUCUCAAAUCAGCAUCGUAUCUGUUGGGUUGACCAGUUUAGUGGCGUUAUGCUUUUUGACUUUAUCCUUGAGAUUGGAGAAUGCAACUACAGUCAACUUGAUUCGAAAUGUUGAUGUUUUGUACGCAUUUUUGUUGCAAUAUUUUGCUAUGGGAAUCAAACCAACAAUAUGGAACAUUACAGGAGGUAUCUUGAUUGUUGUUGCUACAACUGUAAUGACUUUGAAACGUUGGUUUUCAAAUACUUCUUAUAAACCUAUACCGCAAGCUGAUACAGUUGACGAGAACGAAAAUUAAGAUACAAAGAUUGUCACAAUAUUGUAAUAUGCUUUGAGUUAUUUGCAUGAUGAAGCCACCUGUAAUAAUGAACUCAAUGUAUAUGUCCAGAGGUAUGGUAUAAUCCCUCCUCUUGCUUUUUUAGGACAUCAGUCCCAAUUAUAAAUUGAUCAAUGCAUACAUAUGCUCUGCAUGAGAUCAACAAUUCUUUCAGCUCCUUUCAACUUUUUCCAAAAUGAUAGGACUGACAAACUAAACCUGAUUAAAAUUUCCAACGCAUUUGUUUCAUCGGACGACAACAGAAAGCGAGUAUUCGGAAAAUUUACAAAGGAGGACUGGUAGUUGUCAUAUACUAUAGGCUUUCUCUGCAUUAUCUUUAUUUUUCUUUGAUAUUGCUUAUUUUAAAAAUAUAUCUUACAUAAAAUAUGGCGUUUCUAUAUUUCUAUAUAUAAUCUUCUGCAUUUUGUGAACGCUUUCGAGCGCAAUAUUUUGAAAUUUGAAGUAUGUUUUAGCCAAUCUAGGGGGCCAAAAGUUUAAAAGUUUUCUUAGCCCGCCGGCCCCAACCAUGGCAAGGGCUCCUUAAUACUGAAUAAUUUGCCCUCUCCGCUUUCAAAAUUGCUCCUCCGGGCCUGGACAUUUAUUUAAGUAAACGACUUUUAUGAGAAAGUAGAAUAUUAGCUUUCAGCAAUCCAUUUGACGAUAUGCUCUUUGUAUCUGCUUGUUUUUUAUUACAAACCCAUUGCUUUUUAUUUAUUUUCUUAUUUUUGUACAAACGUUUAUCUUUUGUUUUAGCCGGUAGUUCUUCGGGAAACUUUCGAAAGGAUACAAAAGACCUUUAUUUGUCAUCUCAGUUCUAAUACACAGCCUCCAAUAUUCUUAAACACAAAGCGAUGAAGAGUCUAGUAUGUGUUUUUAACUUGUUGUAUAUUUUGACAAUGAAAGUAUUUCUCUAAAAUGAUUUUGUAAUUAUGCGAAAUACGUUUGUGAUAUUUUGAGGCAUUGCAUACGAUAGUUAAUUUGUUGAUAGUAGAUGAAUUUUGUAUAAGAAUUUGAUUUGUGUAAGUCAGUAAAUAAGUAAGUUUUAACGUCCUUGGGGAUUCCAUCCUAACGUCUGGCUUUUCCUUCCCACUGACUGUAACUAUGUUACAUUACCGCUAGAGAUACGUACAGCAUUGCUCUCUAAUUUGCUUACCUGUCACACAAGCCGAUUAGCGGUCAGUGAAUGGUACCAGAUGGGCUUACAACACUGUAUUUAAAGUGCGCCUUAGUGGGGACUUGAACCUGAAACCUUAUGAUUACAAGCCGAAUGCCCUACCACUACACCAUCUUCACAUGCAUCUUGAGUUUGUGUAUAUUUUCCUGAAAAAUUUGACACGAGUGGCAUCACACGUAGCAAAAGGUAUUUGAUAAAGUUUUAUACUACCUCGUAUUUUGUUUUCGUGAAUAUAACAUUGUUUAACAUUUUCUUUGAAAAAUCUAGUAUUGUUUCGAUACAAAUGCAUUGUGAUAUACGUUAGAUCAGGCUUCUCGUUUCUUUAAGUUGAGAUUUCAAUAGAAGUUGUAACGUACUGAUUUAAAGAGAACCUACAUAAGUAAAAGUAUCAUUUUAAUGUGACCAUCAGUAUGGGUUCUAUCCUCGUCCUCAGGAUCCCUUUGUCCCUGAGCCAGCCAUCGCGUUUGCCAUACAAUGCCCUGAGAACGAGUUUAUACAUGUUUGCAUGGAAACUUGUCAAACUUAUACAAUUAGUAAUCUUUUAAAAGAUGUGCAUUGAUCUAUCUAAUUAUAACUUUUUAUGAUCAUUGCCAUUUUAACCUUCUUCAUUGUUUGACCUAUCGAUUUAAUAACGUUCUCUUCAUCUCACAGAAAAGCUUGCUAAAAAUCCAA